AAAUUCAGAAAUAGAAAGUGCUGUAAGGAAUCUGCUUAGCUGCAUCCAAAGUCAUAGCAGCCCUCAAGCACAUGGAAAUCCCAACAGUUCUCCCACCGUGGCACCUCAGCCUGGUACUAGUGCUUCCUAUGGGGUUGGCCAGGCUGUUAGUAUGCCAAACACAGUUCAGCAAGAAAUGCAAAGAGCUUUUCCAGCACUUUACCAUGGAGGCCGUAAACGAAUGAAAAAAAUGGCACCUGAACCUGCAAAACUUACAUCUGUAAAGUUCUUAGAAUUCCAGUUCUGCUUGCUAUCCAAAAACUCCCAAAAGACUCCCAAAGAUGAAACAGUUCUCUUACAAGCAGGGCUAGGCAGAAGAACUGUAAAUAUUCCAGACAAUGCUGAUCAUACUGAGAUAACCAAAGUACUUCUUCAGGAGUACCCAAAGUUGCAAAACUUAAGAGGUGGUUGGCUGCUCCAAAAAGCCUCAGGGGGCAGUGGACAAAGGAAAACAACAUCUCUGGCCCAGGAUUCCCAGGGCUACACAGCAAAAAUAUUGAAGACGUCCUCUAACAAUGGGAAGAAUGUCAUCUACAUCGUCCCCCUCCAAGAAGAAAUCGAUAUAACCCCGUUGCCAUAUAAUGCACCUGAAUUUCAUAACAUGCCCAAAAACAUCUGCAUGACAUGUGGUAUAUCAGUCCCAUUACAGUUGCUGCCGUGUCACCUUGAGGAUUGUCAAAGUAAUAAUGCGAUAGAAUCUGAAUCUGACAAGGAAAAAGAAAAUGAAGAGGCCCAUGGACUGAGCCAUGAGUCAGAUGUAAUUUGUCUGGAUGCCUGUCCGAUAUGUGGAGAAGAAUUUUCUGCAGAAGUGAUGCCUUACCAUGCCAGUACAUGUGGAGAAAGAUUGGAAGAGGAUUGAGCUUCCAGAAAGGGCAGCUAUACAGUACAGGCAGUGUACACUUCGACAAAAAGAAGACGAGCCCCCACUGAAAGUAAGAAUUGAUAUUAGAGAAGACAUGGAGGACCAGGAGGGGAGAAUAAUACAUUUUUACAAGGUUCCCAAAAUUGAUUGGACUAGACCUCUUCAAUGCCGAUUGGAAGGGGAUGUUGCCACUGGGGAUGGUGUUAAGCGCCAUUUUUUCAGCAUGGUGAUGCACAAGCUGCAGAAUGGAUUCCUCUUUAAUGUUGGAAAUGGAAACGGAACUGCAUUAUUUAUAGGGGAAACUGACCACCUUAUCCCAUCUACUUCCCAAGUCCUUUUGCAGAGUGACUUGUUUGUGAUGGCAGGUUGAUUAUUGGUCAUUCUUUCCUCCAUGGUGGGCCUUCAUUAGCAGGUGUGAGCCCAGCAAUUGUACAUGUAUUAUUAGGUGGCUCCCCACAAACAGCAACCAUCACAAUUGAAGAUGUGGCUGACAUCGACAUUAGGGAGACAAUACAGAUGGUAGGUUGGUAGGUGCCAUAUUGGUAGAGGUAAAUGUGUUUGUAUAUUUAAUUGUAUUCUUUCACUAUUCAUA